ACAUAAUGUGAUCUGUCCUAAACAUUUUCGCAUCCGCUCUGACAGACUUUUGACCGCCGGCAUUUUCUCUUGUUUUUCCAGUGCGCACUUAAAUAGUUACUCUUUAUUCAUACGUAUACAUCCGCGCAGUACGAGAACUACAUAUUCCAUUAUCGCAUUUUCCAUUUGAAUACUUUCAUAUUCGUCUCUGCUAUGCCUGGAUUUUCUGACAGAGACCGUGGAAGUCGAGACAGAGGGUAUGGUGGCCCACCCCGUUUUGGCGGUGGAGGGAAUAGAGGCGGAUCUUCACAAGGAAAGUUUGGUAACCCUGGUGAAAGGCUUCGCAAAAAACACUGGAACCUUGAUGAACUUCCUAAGUUCCAGAAGAACUUCUAUCAGGAGCACCCAGAAGUCACCCGCAGACAGCCUCAAGAGGUUGAGCUAUUCCGCAGAACCAAAGAAGUCACAGUGAAGGGCAGGGAUUGCCCCAAACCCAUUAUAAAAUUCAACGAGGCCCAGUUUCCAAGUUAUGUGAUGGAUGUGAUCAACAAGUUAAACUGGUCUGAGCCAACCCCUAUUCAGUCCCAGGGGUGGCCUCUGGCGUUGAGUGGCAAAGACAUGGUUGGCAUUGCUCAGACAGGGUCUGGCAAAACUCUUGCAUACCUGCUGCCUGCAAUCGUGCACAUCCAACACCAGCCAUUCCUGGAGCAUGGGGAUGGACCUAUUUGCCUGGUUUUGGCUCCCACCCGCGAGUUGGCCCAGCAGGUGCAGCAGGUGGCUGCAGAGUACGGCAGGGCGUCUCGCCUCAAGACCACGUGCAUCUACGGAGGAGCCCCCAAAGGCCCCCAGCUCAGAGACCUGGAGAGAGGUGUGGAGAUCUGCAUCGCCACCCCUGGGCGUCUCAUCGACUUCCUGGAGGCGGGGAAGACCAACCUGCGCCGCUGCACCUACCUGGUCCUGGACGAGGCCGACCGCAUGCUGGACAUGGGCUUCGAGCCCCAGAUCCGCAAGAUCGUGGACCAGAUCAGGCCCGACAGGCAGACCCUGAUGUGGAGCGCCACCUGGCCCAAGGAGGUGCGCCAGCUGGCGGAGGACUUCCUGAAGGAGUACGUGCAGAUCAACGUGGGCGCCCUGCAGCUGAGCGCCAACCACAACAUCCUGCAGAUCGUGGACGUCUGCAACGACAUGGAGAAGGAGGACAAACUUCUCCGACUCCUGGAGGAGAUCAUGAGCGAGAAGGAGAACAAGACCAUCAUCUUUGUGGAGACCAAGAGGCGUUGUGACGAGAUCACCAGAAGGAUGAGACGAGACGGGUGGCCAGCCAUGGGCAUUCAUGGAGACAAGAGCCAACAGGAGAGGGAUUGGGUUCUCAAUGAGUUCAAGUACGGCAAGGCCCCCAUCUUGAUUGCGACAGACGUGGCCUCCCGCGGCCUAGAUGUGGAGGAUGUGAAAUUUGUCAUCAAUUAUGACUACCCUAACUCCUCUGAGGACUAUAUCCACCGCAUUGGACGCACGGCCCGCAGUCAAAAAACGGGCACGGCCUACACCUUCUUCACCCCCAACAACAUGAAACAGGCCACCGACCUGAUCUCUGUGCUCCGCGAGGCCAACCAGGCCAUCAACCCCAAGCUGCUCCAGAUGGCGGACGACAGAGGAGGUCGUGGAGGACGGGGGGGAAGAGGUGGCUACAAGGAUGACCGGCGGGAUAGGUAUUCCGGGGGAAGGAGGGAUUUCGGUGGUGGUUACAGGGACAGCGAUAGGGGGUUCGCUAGUGGACCAAAAAGUGCGUUCGGCACCAAAACCCAAAAUGGCAGCGGCUAUGGGGGUAACAGCGGUAGCUCUAGCAGUAGCUACGGCAACAGCUACGGCGGCAACGGACAGGCUAGCUUUGGCGUCACCAGUCAGGUGGGUGCUUUUGGCGGGCAGAGCUUCCAGGCUCCGCCCUUUGCUGGCGCUCAGGUGGCCUCCCAGAACGGAAUGAGCCACGCCCAGUUCCCCUUCACAGCUCAGCCGCCGCAACAGACCCAACAACCACCACCCCCACCACCCAUGGUACCUUACCCCAUGCCACCCCCCUUCCCACUGUAGA